UGCCCCGAGCCGCGCCGCUCCCGCAGCCGCCGCGGGCCCCGCCAUGGGCGGCGGGCGCUGAUCUCCGCCCCGCCCCUUCCCCGCCGCGCCGGCUAGGCGGCCGCUAUGGAGGAGGAGAGCAUGGAGGAGGAGGGCGGCGGAGGCUGCGAGGCCAUGAUGGACGACCAGAACCACAACAACUGGGGCGCGGGCGGUUACGGGCGGCACCUGCUGCGCCCCGCCGCCGGGCCGCUCGGCGACUGCCUCCAGCCCCCGCCCGGGCCGCAGCUCCCCACCGGGCCCGAGGCCAACGGCGUGCUGCGGGGCUGCGAGCCGGGGGCCGCCGCGAGCAGGGGGGGAGCCGGAGCCAUCGCCGCCGCCAUCAACGCCUCGACCUCCAAGUUCCUAAUGAAUGUUAUAACAAUUGAAGACUAUAAGAGCACAUAUUGGCCAAAGUUGGACAGUGCCAUAGAUCAACUUCUAACUCAGAGUCCUGGUGACUACAUCCCUAUCUCCUAUGAACAAAUAUACAGUUGUGUGUAUAAGUGUGUAUGCCAGCAACAUUCGGAACAGAUGUAUAGUGACCUAAUAAAAAAGAUAACUAACCACUUAGAGAGAGUCUCAAAGGAGCUGCAGGCCAGCCCUCCAGAUCUCUAUAUUGAAAGAUUUAACGUAGCUCUUGGACAGUAUAUGGGAGCAUUGCAGAGCAUUGUGCCUCUUUUCAUAUAUAUGAAUAAAUUUUACAUAGAAACCAAGCUUAACAGAGACUUAAAAGAUGACCUUAUAAAGCUGUUUACGGAACACGUUGCAGAAAAGCACAUUUACAACCUAAUGCCUUUACUUUUGGAAGCUCAGUCAACACCGUUUCAAAUAACUCCUUCAACCAUGGCAAAUAUUGUGAAAGGCCUGUAUACACUACGACCAGAAUGGGUACAGAUGGCACCAGCUUUAUUUUCUAAAUUCAUCCCAAAUAUUCUACCCCCUGCUGUGGAAUCUGAGCUUCAGGAAUAUGCUGCUCAAGACCAGAAACUUCAAAGAGAGCUCAUGCAGAAUGGAUUUACUAGAGGUGACCAGUCACGCAAGAGAGCUGGAGAAGAGUUAACUUACAAUGGCUCAUCAGCUUGUGCAAGCUCCAGAGGGUACAGAUAGUGAACAUACUGGAUCACCUUCUAUUCCUAGCCAGAAGAGACACUGGAGGAGCGCGGGCGGUACCCGGAGCCUCCUUUGGCAACUGCUGAUACUUCAGCUCUGACACGAACUAUGCCUCAAAGAAGAGUUUGGGACUUUCUUCUUUAUCUAAUAAAAUGUCAGUUGCUGCUACAAUUGGGAUGACUUUGAAAGACUUGGUCUAGUCUCUUAACAAGUUCACAUCGUGCGAUCUUUGUGAGAAAGGAAUGCACCUUGAAAAACAAUCCUUUCCAAGUGGAGAUGGGCAGCCAAAAAUCAGCAGCUUCCAAAAGCAUUAGAAUGGAAGAACCUAUUUUGCACUCUUUUCUUAAUGUUAAGGACAUUCUUAAAACUAGCUAACACAUCAGUGUAUUAGUUUUUAAACUUCAAGGUAUUUUCUGGAGCUUUUACUUAAAUAAGAAGAAUAAAGUUUCAUUGUUUUGCAGUA